AUGGAGCUCCCGCAAGAGUUGGCGGAGACUUUGCGCCUGCACAUCAGGGGCCUGGUGAAGGAAUUCAGUGCUUGUGCCGAUGGUAACUUCAGUGCCCCGGACAGGUGGCUCUCAGAGCUGCAGGUCGCCUGGCUUUUCCGUCUUGCUGACCUCGAUGCAUCCGGGCGGAGGAUCUUCAUCUCGCGGCAGCUACAGCAUCUUGUACAGAGUUGGAACUCGGCUCUCCGGGCGAUCACCACAUCCAUCGUCCAGGCAUGCUUCAGUGGAUUUUCCAGCCAGGACCAGGAGGAAGCUACUGUUGCGCCCCUGCAGCUCCUAAAUUUGUACGAUUUGUCGAAACGACGAUGUUGA